AGCGCGGGCGUGGCUGGGCUGGGUUGGGCUGCGCCCAGCGGGGCAGUGGAGCAGCUGAGCGGCGUCCUCGCCCCGGAGAGCUCCGCAGAGAUGGACGGCGCUGGGCAUAAGCCCCUGUUCCGGCAACCCCGAGCCGCGGGGAGAGAUCAUCCGGAUGUUGCAUUUAUACAGAGAGGCAGAAGCGGAAUAAAUAACGUGUCAGGCCAGACUAAUAAAGCAGUACGUCAGGCAGGGGAAGACCCCCAAGCCAGUAAUUAUACUCUUCCACUUGGGAAAAGAGAGGACAGUUUUGCUGGCACUGCAAAGUUCUUCAAUCAAGGUAGAAGAAACCAAGGUGGACCAGUCACCAGUGGAGCAACAGGACAUGGGAAUGAGCAGAAUGAUGGAAGGGGAAGAAGGUAUCAAGGGGGACAAGCACAUGAGAGAGCCAGAGGGUCCUGGAAUGUGCAAGAAAAUGAGAGUAGAGAAAGGAGAUAUCAAGGGGGACAAGCACAUGAGAGGGCCAGAGGAUCCCAGAAUGUGCAAGAAAAUGAGCGUAAAGGAAAGCAGCAUGUCUCCCUUGGACAAGCACAAGGGAGAGCCAGAGGACUAUGGAAUGAACAAGAUGAUGAAGUUAGGGGAAGAAGAUACCAAGGUGGGCAGGGACAUGAGAGGGUCAGAGGGCCCUGGAAUGAGCAAGAAAAUGAGGGUAAGGGAAGAAGGUAUCAAGGUGGACAAGUCCAGGAAGAUCCUAGAGGGCCAAGGAACAGAGAGGAAAUUGAAGGUAAGGGAAGGAGGAUGCGGCUUGCAGGGAGUCCUCAUUUCAACCACAACUUUACCCCAGGUGGCACCCAGCCCAGUGAGCAGCCUCAGCAAGUUAAAAAAGUUGGCUACAAAUUCCUAGAAAGUCUCCUCCAGAAAGACUCUUCUGAAGUUGUCAUCACGCUUGCUUCAAGUUCAGGUUUUAAGGAACUUCUUUCCCAAACAUCUAUGAAACCCGGUUUCCUUCAGCUCAUUUGUCAGGUGCUUCGAAAAGCAUGCGGUUCCCGAAUGGACAGACAAAGUGUCCAGCAGCUUCUUGGAAUGGUAAAGGAGUCCAACUUUCUCAAGAUCUGUCUGCCACAGUAUGUGUCUGAUAUGGUCACGGAGGCAGUCCCUGCUGUACGACAUCAAUAUCCUGAACAUAUUGGCAAUAUCAUCUUGCUUCUUCAAGAUCUGAUCAGUAUUUUCCCAUCUAGCUCUGUGCAGAAAAUCUCUAUGCUCUUGACAGUCUUGCCAGCAUCUAUAAAUGCCCUGAGAGCUUCUGGUGUGCAGAUCACGGAAGAAACAGAGAAGAACCUAAGUAAAGUCCAGAUGCUUGUGCAGCACCUCCAGGAGAAGAGACGUGAAGGCACACUGAGAGCUGAUAACUACACUCUUAUGCAGCCUCAGGCUGACGGUCAAGAAGAAACCUAUCGUACAAUGACGAUUUAUCCAACCUAUGACGAGUUACACCACGAUGUGAAACCUUUUCUACGUCCCAAUAUUGUUUCUGGAAGAUAUGAGAGCACCAACAUUUAUCUUGACACCCAUUUUCGACUUUUGAGAGAAGACUUUAUAAAGCCCUUAAGGGAAGGUAUCUUGGAUCUUUUGCAGAGCUUUGAGGAUAAAAGUUUGAGAAAGAAAAAAUUUGAUGACAUCAGGAUCUACUUUGAUACACGGAUUAUUACCCCUCUCUGCUCCCCAUCUGGUGUUGUUUACAAGGUCCAGUUUGAUAUAAAACCACUGAAGUUUGUGCGAUGGCAGAAUUCCAGACGGUUGCUAUAUGGAUCCCUGGUCUGCAUGUCCAGAGAUCACUUUGAAACAUGCCUUUUUGCCACUGUUUCUGAACGAGAUAAUGCAGAACUUGCUAAUGGGAUUGUGCAGCUCAGUUUUAAUGCACAGAGCCGAGCACUGCUAGCAGAGGUUCAGCCUUCAGACUCCUUCCUCAUGGUAGAGACGACUGCCUACUUUGAGGCUUAUCGGCACGUGUUGGAAGGGCUACAGGAAAUCCAGGAAGAAGAUAUUCCAUUCCAGAAGUACAUAGUGGAAUGUGAUGUACAGCUGAAGGAGCCAGCAUACCUGAAAAUGGAUACUAAAUACAACUUUGCACCCUUGACGGAAGAUACCCUGUCAGAUGAAGAGACAUAUCUUGAUGGUUUGAGAAGGCAAAACGUCCGAGUUCUAGAUCCCAAUCAGUGGCCUUCAAUGGAAACCUUGGGAUUAGAUGAGUCCCAGAUGCAGGCAUUGAGUCUUGCACUCACCAAGGAGCUGGCUAUUAUCCAAGGACCUCCUGGAACUGGGAAGACUUAUGUGGGUUUGAAGAUUGUUCAGGCUCUCUUGACUAAUCAGGAUGCGUGGCAAAGGACUGAUCAGAAUUCUCCCAUCCUUGUAGUCUGUUACACUAAUCAUGCACUGGAUCAGUUCUUAGAAGGAAUAUACACGUUCCAAAAACGUGGGAUUGUGCGUGUUGGGGGAAGAAGCAACAGUGAGAUCCUAAAGCAGUUCACCUUGAAGGAGCUGAGGAAGAAGAGUGAGUUCCGACACAACUUGCCGAUGCAUCUCCGCAGAGCUUAUGUGAACAUAACCUGUGACAUGAAACAUGCAGAGGAGGAGCUCUAUAAAGGAGCAAAGCACUUAGAGUGCACAACAUAUGGAGUGCUGCAUGAGCGCCACUUGGAAGCAUUCAUUGCCCCCCAGCACUGGGACAGUCUGAUGAGUGGUCUGGAUGACGAUGAGUUUUACUACAGUGCUUCACGACACUCAAUGAUUCUGGAGUGGCUGGGCCUUGGUUUUACUGCCUUCACCCAGAGUGCUGCAAGGAAUAUAGAGGCUGAGAAUCUAGGUGAUCAGCAGGAGGAGAGAGAGGAGGAGCAGGAAGGUGAAGCAGAAGAAGAUUUAUUGGAGAUCCUAGAGGAGGCUGACCUGAUUCAAGCUGAUAGAGUGAUUGACGAUGAGGACUCAGCAAAGGCUCAGAGGAGGAAGGAGGAAGAACACAGGGCAGUUCAUGAACUAGCCGGUAUGCUGUUGGCUAUGAAGCUGGAGAAUGAGGAAGAAGAAACAGUCCAACCACAACAGAAGUCUGCACAGUGGGAGAUAACUUCUUCUCAGAGGAAGAAAAUGAAACAUAAGAUGAAAGUUGAGCUCCAUAAAUUGAAUGCAAUGUCUGAGACAGAGGCCUAUGCUAUUCAGGAUCUAUGGCAACUUGACAUGAACUCCCGCUGGAGGCUUUACAGGCUUUGGCUGCAGACCUAUCAGGGACUUAUUCGACGGAAGAUUCUUCAGCACGAACAGCAGUACCAGGCAGCAGCUGAAAGGCUGGCAGAACUGAGGCUGCAAGAAGAUCUCUGCAUUCUGAAGGAGGCCAAAGUUGUGGGGAUGACAACUACAGGUGCUGCCAAAUACCGUCAGAUCUUGCAGAAAGUAGAGCCACGAAUUGUAAUUGUGGAAGAGGCAGCAGAGGUGCUUGAGGCUCACACUAUUACUACUCUUAGUAAAGCUUGCCAGCAUCUCAUCCUCAUUGGAGAUCACCAGCAGCUUCAGCCUAGUGCCAACGUUUAUGACCUGGCAAAGAACUUCAAUCUGGAAGUGUCUCUCUUUGAACGACUGGUGAAAGUUGAUUUCCCCUUCGUAUGCCUGAAAUACCAACACCGCAUGCGUCCUGAAAUUGCCCAGCUUCUCAGUCCUCAUAUUUACCAGGAUUUGGAAAACCAUCCUUCAGUCUUGAAGUAUGAGAACGUAAAAGGGGUGUUAUCUAACCUUUUCUUUGUGGAGCAUGACUUUCCUGAGCAAGUCAUCCAGGAAGGGAGAAGCCAUCAGAACAUACAUGAGGCACAGUUUGUGGUGGAACUUUGCAAAUACUUCUUGUGUCAGGAUUAUCAACCUUCUCAGAUCACCAUUCUCACUACUUACACUGGGCAGCUUUUCUGUUUGCGCAAGCUCAUGCCAGCCAAGACUUUUGCAGGUGUGAAGGUUUAUGUAGUGGAUAAGUACCAGGGAGAGGAGAAUGAUAUCAUUCUGCUGUCACUCGUGCGGAGUAACAAAGAGGAGAGAAUUGGGUUCCUGCAGAUCCCUAAUCGGAUAUGUGUAGCCCUAUCCAGAGCUAAGAAAGGGCUGUACUGUAUUGGAAAUAUGAGAAUGCUGGGCAAGGUUCCUCUCUGGAGCAAGAUCAUUCACACACUGAGGGAGAAAGGUAACAUUGGCCGUUCACUGACACUUUGCUGUCAGAAUCACCCUGAGACCAUUACUUCGGUAUCUACAGCAGCAGACUUCAGCAAAGUCCCAGAAGGAGGCUGUAGUCAUCCCUGUGAAUUUAGGUUGGACUGUGGACAUGUUUGCACAAGAGCAUGCCACCCAUAUGAUUUACAGCACAAAAAGUAUCAGUGCCUGAAGCCUUGUCAAAAGGUGCUUUGUACAGAGGGGCACCGCUGUCCACUGUUAUGUUAUGAGCCAUGUGGACCAUGCAUGGUAAUAGUAGAGAAAAUUGUUCCUAAAUGUGGCCACCUGCAGAUGAUUCCAUGCUCUUGUCCAGGCAGUAAGUUUAUUUGCCAAGAACCUUGCAAGAAAAAGUUAAACUGUGGGCAUACAUGCAACAAAUGCUGUGGGCAGGAAUGUACUACUCGGUGUCCUGAACUGGUUACAGUCUUUCUGCAAUGUGGCCACAGACAGAAAGUUCAAUGUUGGAUCACUGACGAGACAAAACAUCAGAAAUCUGUUGAAUGUAUGGCUAAGUGUUCUGUCAAACUGGAGUGUGGCCAUGAAUGCUCAGGUUCCUGUCAUACCUGCUUUGGAGGAAGAUUUCAUAAGCCAUGUAAGAGCCCAUGCAAGCGCUACUUGAUCUGUUCCCACAAGUGUCAGCAGCCCUGUACUACAGAAUGCCCUCCCUGUCAGCUUGACUGUCAGAACCACUGUGUCCACAGCAGAUGUAAAAAGAAAUGUGGAGAGCGCUGUUCUCCAUGUGCAGAACCAUGUGAGUGGCGGUGCAAGCACUACCAGUGUACCAAUCUUUGCCAUGAGCCGUGCAAUAGGCCUCGAUGCAAUGUACCAUGUACUAAGCUGCUGCGCUGUGGUCAUCCCUGUAUUGGAUUCUGUGGAGAGCCCUGCCCAAAGAAGUGCCUUGUUUGUGACCGUGAGGAGGUUACCCAGAUCUUUUUUGGCUUUGAGGAUGAUGAGGAUGCACGAUUUGUACAACUUGAAGACUGUGGCCACAUUUUUGAGUCUCAGGGCCUUGAUCGUUAUAUGGAUGAAGAUGAUGAUGUCAUCAAGCUGAAGGUGUGCCCUACCUGUCAGACACCAGUCAGAAAGAGUUUGAGAUAUGGCACCAUUGUGAAAAAGCAUCUGGUUGAGAUAGAGAAAGUGAAAGAGAAAAUCCAAGGCCCAGCACGGGAAAUUGAGUCAAGCAGACGAAGACUGCAGGCUGCGCUCACAAGUAAGAGUGUUCUGAAGAGGAACCUACUCACUAAGUACCUCAUGUUGGAAGAUCAACUAAACGCCUCUGAUCUUUCCAUAAAGAGCAUUGGAGUAAUUGAGAAUCAGCUUAACUUCUAUGAACGUAUAGCUGACCUAACCAGUUCCCUGAGCAAAAUUGAUGAAAAGGAGCAAAAAGGGAUGAAAAAGCGUCUAGAUGAAGUCCAGGAGUGGCUGGAUAGGCCACGCCUCAGUUUUACACGGCAGGAGCUCAUGGAUCUGCAGGCUGAGAUCCAGAGAUUGACCUAUCUGCAGCACCUCUUGUCAAGGUGUAAAGGCAGAAGUGGGAUGAUCACUACGACCCUUGCAGCAAAGAUUGCCACGGUACGUGAGAUCCUGGAAGGGACAAAAAGGUUCACGGAGAAGGAAGAGGCUGCAGUGAAAGCUGAGCUGAAGCACAUCAGCGCUGCCCUGCCCCUGUCAGGGCUGGGGAUCACUGAAGCUGAGCGAGUGCAGAUUGUCAGCGCUAUUGGCUGCCCGCGCGGCCACUGGUUCAAAUGCAAAAAUGGGCACGUCUAUGUGAUUGGGGACUGCGGGGGGGCGAUGGAGAGGAGCAGGUGCCCCGAAUGCCACGAGGUCAUCGGGGGCGCAAACCACGCCCUGGACAGCACGAACAGCCUUGCUCCUGAGAUGGACGGAGCGACCCACGCAGCCUGGUCCGAGACAGCCAACAACCUGCUCAACUUCCAGGAUCUCCAGCGCCUGCUGUAGCUGGCUUUCUGGUAAUGUUUCUCGCCUCCCCGCCCGGGGGCGCCGCGCCCGUUCCUCGGCUGCUCGCUGCCGACUGUGUAAUCAAUAAAACGCACGCCUCCGC